GCCAAUCGCCAGCGUAAAGUUAUUUGCAGCCAUCGGGUUGCUGUGUGCGAUGUGUGUCGUCGUUUCCGUCAAGCGGCGGUCGCUUCUCCGAACGGAUCCGUGAAAGAUGGUCGCGAUCCCGCCUCCGUCGUCGGAGUCACCGUCGGGGAACCCAUGAGAACCGACAUGUCUCACCUCCAGCAACCAGCGCGCAACGCUUACCGCCCGAGCACCGAGAUGCGGGGCUCGGUUCACUUGACCGCCGAAGAGAACGAAACGGUCGUCUCGGCGUGCAGGGAUCGCAAAUGGCUGGUCAUUGCAAUGGGCAUUGCGGAAAUCUACCAGUCAGGUCCACCUCCAAGACAUGACCGGUGGCAGCGGUGCUGCUGUGGUGUCGUCUGCUUCAUCAAGGACAACGUGGCGAAGGCGUUCUACAUCCGCCUUUUCGACUUCGAUAGGCGGGACUUCGUGUGGGAGCAGGAGCUCUUUGUUGAAUUUACAUACAAAACCCGGCUUCCAUACUUUCACACCUUUGAGGCAGAUGACUGUCAAGCCGGUGUUAAUUUUGCAUUUGAAGAUGAAGCAGCCAACUUUGGAAACGCUAUUGAUGAGAAGCUACGUUCCCGGCGUCAGAAACGGCAAGAGAGGUUACAAAGGGCGGCCAAGAACGAUCAGUCCUUUCCAGUGCAUGAUCGUCAGAUUCCUACAUGUCCCAGUACAAAUGGUGUAUCAAGCCAGCACAAUAAGAAAUCGUCAAAGUCCAGCAACAAGAAGGGUAAGAAGCAGAAGGAGAGGAAGUACACAAAGGCUGACAUCAGCAACCCAACCGACUUCAAGCACAUUCAGCACGUUGGCUGGGAUCCCGACAAGGGAUUUGACUUGGAGAACUAUGUUGACAGCAAGGAGCUCAACACUCUUUUUGAGAUGGCGAUGGUCACAGAAAAAGACCUCAAGGAGCCCGGCACGCGGCAGUUCAUCUACGAUUUCAUUGCCAAGAAUGGUGGAGCCGACAUGAUCAAGGGAACGGCCGCCAAGACCGGACAUGCAGCUACUCCGGCUGCACCUCCCGCAGUGCCUUCGAGAGAGCACACAAGUGGGCCUCCUAGUCGGCCUCCCCCAACACCUCAUGCUCAUGCUCCACCGCCACCCAACGGGGCAGUGCCGAGAUCUGUCCCACCCCCACCUCCAGCACGAACUGGACAGACACGCGCCCCACCAACCCCACUGAGCAAUGGCAGGAUGCGCUCCACAGCCUCCCCUCAGGCGGCCCCACCCCCACCUCCGCCACCUCCUCCCCCCAGCAUGGGGGCCGGAGUUCCUCCUCCCCCACCCCCGAUUCCAGCGGCCAAUGGGAUAGGAGGGGCAGGAGCCGGCGUAGCUGGCCAGGACGUUCGAGGAGCGCUGCUGGAGCAGAUUCGCAAGGGCAAGGCACUCAAUCAUGUUGACCCUGAGACUGAGUCCACGCACAGCACACAUAGCAACCCAGAUGCUCGUGAGGCAUUGUUGGACCAAAUCCGUGGCGGCAUAAGGCUUAAGGCUGUACCGGACUCUGCAAGAACUUCACCAUCCGAAACCAAGUUGGAAGGCUUGGCUGGAGCUCUGGCCAGAGCGCUACAAGAGCGGGCAAAAGCGUGCAUGCCCGACGACAGUGAUUCCAGUGACGAUUCAGACUCUGAAGAAGAUGAUUGGGACGACUGAGUUGCCAUGUAUGCUUCGCUGUAGUGCCCUUUGAACAGCUCCCAAAAAAAAAAAAGAAGAGUGACAGUCACCCCCGCCAAUUAUACGUGGCAGCCCAAAUCAUAUUGCCAGCACCGUCACCAAGAUCAGUUUCGGCUACCGCUUUUCAGACGCCCAAUAGCCAAGUGUUCUUCUGCCACGUCUGUCUCUCGGCUGUCUCUGACAAAUAGCAGACGAGAACGUCGUCUGCCGCUAUGCAACUGGGACCUGUGCCGUGGGCCCGCACGAUGGUUAAGUCGGGGAACGAAGAUUGCAACUACUGCUUGUGGACACAACGAGAAUCACUGUGAAGUUACAGCAGUCUGCGACGUACGAGCACCAUAUUCAAGAACGCCAGCGCCCGCCGCGGGUCUCUAGCGAGUGAAAACGACUGUGUCCGUCAUCGGAGACAGCCGAACGAACUGGUGACGUUUUUGCUCAUCGAGAAGGAGAGGACGGCCUGUCGGAAUGCAGGCAAUCGACUACUGCACGACUAUCAUUUACGUGAAUGUGGACGUGACGUUUUAUGUACCCGGUAUGCACCUGGAUCUGACAAGUGCACUUCUGCGAAGGUGUCGGUGGCAGCGUACGGAGAGUGCAGAAAAACAUGUAUCGGUAUGGUGGCUUCAUUCCCAGAUUGUAUUGCCGCAAAGAGAUGCUGAUGCUGCUUCUGCCACCUCUGGCACUGUUAUUGUUGCGUGGAGCAUGUUUCGCACUCCACCUUGUUGUUUGUUCUGCCACAUAACCCAACUGGUUGUUCACUGAUCAGGUUUUUUGUAUGUUUCGUUCUUCUAACUUAUGUUUUUUUGGUAGAGACUGAUUCACUACUCCCUUUUGUGGUCAAUUUGGGGGAAACAUAAAGUAGAUAAUGCACAUGAAAGUGUAAGAAGUGAUGAUUGAUAACUUCUCAAAUGCUUUUAUGCCCUUUGUGAACGCUUUCGUUUUGUUCAUGAGCAAGCCUGGAACUUGGGUCUAAGAAGGGUACCUUGUUGACCAGAGACAUCAAUUAUGGGUGAUUGUACAUAAUUGCCGCGUGUAAUAAAUUAAAAUUGUUUUCUUUCGUAUGAAAA